CAACAGUUGCAAGUGUUAAGUUGAUUGACAAGAUGGGGAAAACGGUGUAUAUGCCCGAUUCGACACUAUCGCGAAAGAGUCACAUCAGUUCCAUGGCUCAGUACCUGGAUAUGUACAAAAGCUCGAUCGAUACUCCCGAGGAGUUCUGGGGUGACAUAGCUAAACAGUUCCACUGGGAGACUCCAGCAUCGCCAAACAAAUUCUUCUCCUAUAAUUUCGAUAUCACCAAGGGACCAAUUCAUAUUAAAUGGAUGGAAGGAGCGACUACAAACAUUUGUUACAAUUUGCUGGACCGCAACGUUAAAAGUGGACUCGGUGAUAAAAUUGCGUUUUAUUGGGAGGGAAAUGAUCCUGAUGAUUACAGCAGACUUACAUACAGAAAGCUGUUGGAGGAGGUGUGCAGGUUUGCCAAUGUUCUCAAGUCAAAAGGCGUCACUAAAGGGGAUCGGGUAGCUAUCUAUAUGCCCAUGAUCCUGGAAGUAAUAAUUGCAAUACUUGCUUGUUCUCGAAUUGGAGCCGUCCACACUAUUGUGUUUGCAGGAUUUUCAGCUGACUCCUUUGCUGAAAGAAUGCUGGAUUCAAAAUGUAAAGUGGUAGUAACCACUGAUGGAGUGUGGAGGGGACAGAAGUUACUUUGUCUGAAGGAAAUCUGUGAUUCAGCUCUGGAACGCUGCAAAAAACUGGGGCAUGAAGUGGAGACUUGCAUAGUUAUUGAACACUUACCCCGCCUAAGUGCCUCACAGAACAGAAAUGGUAUCACUGAGGAAAAUGGUGAUAUAUCACCAGAAAAAAGGAACGCAUUUGGCAGCAAGAUUCCAUGGACAGAAGGAAGAGAUGUCUGGUGGCAUGAAGAGAUGGAAGAUGCGUCUACAUCUUGUUAUCCUGUCUGGGUUGGAGCUGAAGACCCUCUCUUCAUGCUCUACACCAGUGGAUCUACAGGGAAACCAAAGGGAGUCCUCCACACAACGGCCGGUUACCUAUUGUAUGCCGCUUCCACUUUCAAAUAUGUAUUUGAUUAUCGACCCGGAGAUGUGUACUGGUGCACUGCUGAUGUUGGAUGGAUCACUGGCCACACGUAUGUUGUGUAUGGACCACUUGCAAAUGGGGCAACUUCAGUAUUAUUUGAAGGCACGCCUUUCCAUCCGGACAACGACAGGUAUUGGCUGAUAGUUGACAAAUACCGAGUAAAUCAAUUCUACACGGCACCUACAGCAUUGAGAGCACUCAUGAAGUUUGGGGAUGAACCUGUUAAAAAGCAUAGUUUAAGCACAUUACAAGUACUUGGAUCAGUAGGCGAACCCAUCAAUCCAGAAGCAUGGCAUUGGUACUACAAAAUUAUUGGACAUGAGAAGUGCUCUAUUGUAGACACUUUCUGGCAGACAGAGACUGGAGGACAUGUAAUAACGCCAUUACCUGGAUGUACACCUAUGAAACCAGGCUCAGCGACAUUGCCCUUCUUUGGGGUUCUCCCUGUAUUGCUGGAUGAGAAUGGUAAGGAGAUUCUGGGGCCUGGAGAAGGGUACCUGGUGUUCAGAAGACCAUGGCCCGGCAUAAUGAGGACCCUAUUUGCGAAUCAUGAGAGAUUUGAAACAACAUACUUUAAGAAAUUUCCUGGAUAUUACUGCACAGGGGAUGGAGCACACAGAGAUGAGGAUGGCUAUCUCUGGGUAACUGGCCGAGUGGAUGACAUGUUGAAUGUAUCAGGACAUUUGUUGAGCACUGCUGAGGUUGAAUCCACACUUUCAGCACAUCCAAGUAUAGCGGAGGCUGCUGUAGUCUCACAGGCUCAUCCAAUCAAAGGAGAGUGCCUGUACUGUUUUGUCACCCCAAAUGAAGAUGUGGAAUUCUCAGAGAAACUGACAGAUGAACUUAAGAGGAAAGUUCGUGAAAAGAUUGGUCCAUUUGCUACACCAGAAGUAAUUCAACAUGCUCCUGGCCUUCCCAAAACAAGAUCAGGUAAAAUCAUGAGAAGAAUUCUUCGCAAGGUUGCUCAGAACGAUAGAGAUAUUGGGGACAUCUCGACAUUAGCUGAUGAGGGCAUCAUUGAAAUUUUGUUUCAAAACAGGAUAGAAAUUAAAGCUUGAAACUAAAUGUGAAAAAAAUAGCACAAAGGUACUCAUGUUGAAGCAGUAUUCUAUAGAUAUUUAUAAUUGUUAUGUAGUGUAUUUACUUUAAAUACAUAUUGAUGUUUCACAUGGCAAGGUAUAAAGAAAACACUGAUACAUAACGUAGUUAUAGGAAAUUAAGCUAAGAUUGUCGGAAUUUUAGAACUAUACUCUGCCUCAUGAUAGUUGUCUUAAGUCUUGUGGAAAGAAAAUGUUAAGCUUACCUGAAGAUGAUACUUGAAUUCUGCAAUAAUUAUAAAUAACAAAAUUAUUGUUAUACUUGUUUUGACUGCUUUACAAACAGUGUAAUGUGCGCGUUAUAUGAUUUAAUUUUGUCAACAUUUUUAGAGAGUGUUGAUUGGAUCUUUUCUAGAAAUUUCAGUAGAUGAAUCAAUGAAAAUACAAUGACUGAAAUGUACACUGAGAUGUAAAAUAUAGUUGAAAAUAUGUUGUAUUCACAUAAUCUUAACAAGUAACUGCAUGGCUUUAGAAGUAGCUUAUAAUGUACUUAACUGGUGAAUGAAAUAUCUGUUAUUAACAAAACCUUAUUUUUUUUAAAUACAAAACAGAUAAUUUUGGACAAGUGGAAAACAAAAAUGUUUAACAGUUGCAUUUCUUGAAUUAGUAUCUCAUGUUCUUAGCUCACAGAACAUAGCAAGUUAAUACAGAAGGUGAAAUAAUUGAUGUCAACCUGCAUUAUCGUUCAAAUAAGUAAAAUUCAGUUUUGAAAAGUUCAACCACACAAACUGGCAAGGUAACUGACUGGGUCUUAAUAUUAUAUUUCAAACGGGGGUUCUAAAAUUGUGGCCUGCCAACAUUUUGUGCAGACUGUGUACUUUUGUAUCAGUUUACAUGAUGCAGAAACUGUUACUGUAUCAGUCAGAUAUUUAAUUUUAAGUGAAUAGUUAAUAAAAAUAAUUAAUGAAAUUUGUUAAACAAAAUAUUUAAUAAUAUAUAUCUGUUUGCAAUAGUAAGUUAGUAGCAUGUUCAAUAAAUUACUGACAAGUUUCAAUAAAUUUUAUUUGUCCUCAUUUGUAACCUGAUGGCCUGCGAGUUAAUAAGACAGGGCAAAUGUGAUCCCUGAUAUGGAGAUGGUCGAGAACCACAGUUUUAAUAACUUAACUUGUCUCAUAGUACUAUAUUAAAGUGUUUUAUAAUUGUUUGUGUGUGUUAGUCUAGUUUGUUAUAAAGAUUUCCGUCUUCUGGGUUGUUGCGCUGAUGACGGAGGCAGUAUGACCUCUGAAACGUUGGCAAAUAUCGACCAGAUUACACAGCGCAACAACCCAGAAGACGGAAAUCUUCAUACUCACCGCUGUGAAAACCUCAGAUCUUACAUAGUUUGUUAUAGUUGAAAACUUGCGUGCAGGCAUGCAUUAACUUCUACAUAUCAUUCCUUCAGGAACUUAAAUUGAUGAGUCAGCCUUUAUGUAUUGUUUUGGGAAUAUAUGUAUAUGGUGAAAUAUGGAAGACAAGGACAAUGAAAUAAUUAUGAAUACAACUCACAUUAUCAUAAAAUAGUACAUAUAAAUGUUCUAUAAAAAUCCAUCAUUGAACAGUUGUUUGUUAAUAUUUAAGAGGGAUAAUGUGAUACCAAGGGUCUGUAACCAUGUCAUAAUGCAUUCAGAAUUAUUAUGCCCGUUGUUUUCUAACCUGAAAAGGUAAAAUGAAUAUAUGAACUGUAGGCAUAGCACCAUGCAUGGUUUAAUGUACUGUAUUUUUCUUUUACAGCUUACACUUUUUGUGGUAAUUAUGCUGUACCUAUGCAAAUGCAAAUAAAAUGACAAUUUAUGGUUA